CUGUCAUGGAGAAAGGGGGGGGUCCAUGUGUGCUGUGGUAAAGUGUAACCAUAGUUAGGCCUAUUUUGUUUUCGGGUAGAAUUCAUUCCUUUUCUUGCGGAGGUUUCUGUUAUUGCAUCUAAUCUUCCAAUGAUCUGGCUCAAAGUUCCAUCUGCAUGAAAGGUGUAUGCCUAAAACAGCAAAAAUGAUGUUUAGGUUAUGCAAUGGAAGCUCUGAAGAUGACUGAAACCUUGAAGAUUCGUGUGUUAUUUGUAAAUGAGCCAUUGGGAACUCUAAUCCUGGGUCCUCUUGCUUCUAUAUCUUAUUGGUAUUUAACAUGGUUGCAUUUCAGGUUACCCUUGCAUUGAUCGUUUCUAAUUGACAAAUCACCAAGUUGAAAAAUGGGAAAUAGGUCAUCUCUCAUGUUGAGGGAGGAGGAACUGAAGCAGCUACAUGAGGAAACUGGAUUUUCACCAAACCAAAUAGAGCGCUUGUACAGCCGCUUCACCAGCCUGGACAAAGGGGACAAUGGAACCUUGAGCAGGGAAGAUUUCCUCCGAAUCCCUGAGCUUGCCAUCAACCCUCUUGGUGACAGGAUUGUUUGGGCUUUCUUCCAAGAUGCAACUGAGGACAGGGUGAACUUCAGGCAGUUCGUGCAUAUCCUCUCAACAUUCCGCCCCAUUAAAAAUCAGGAAGAUAAGCUGAAUUCACGGGAGCAAAAGUUGAGAUUUGCUUUCAAGAUGUAUGACUUGGAUGAUGAUGGCUACAUCUCCAAGGAAGAAAUGCUUUCUGUUCUGCAUAUGCUUGUUGGAGUGAACAUCAGUGAGGAGCAGCUCUCUAGUAUUGCUGACUGCACUAUCUCUGAAGCUGACAAAGAUGGAGACCACAUGAUCAGUUUCCAAGAAUUCUGCGAUGCACUGGAGAGAACUGACGUAAAGCAGAAGAUGUCCAUCCGAUUCUUGAAUUGAAAGUAUUUUGCUUGACCAGAACACAAAGAUUUGGCUACAUUCCAAAGGUAUUCUAUGAGGGUCUUUCAUUUCAUAUUAUCUUUUUCAUUCUAGUGAUGCUAGUGAUUUCAUUCAUUAUAUGUUGCCUGCCUCAAUUUCUCAUGGGUGUUUGUCAUUUGCACUGAUAUGUUUCAUGUGAACAGUUCCAUGUCUAUAUUUCUACCAUGUUCUGGUUUCAAAUCUCCAUGGUGUUCGUUCAAUUACUUGGAUAUUUUCUCUUGCCAUAUGCUUUCUUUUUGACAUAUUUUGCCUUCUGUAAGUGUG